AAUAAAAAGUGGGAUGUGUUGGUCUAGUUUAUUCGCAGAGACUGCAUUCGUUUCAGGCUAAUUUUAUUCUUUUUUACACUUUUUUUUCAUAUUAUACACUAGACUCUAGUGCAACUAACGAGAUGAUGUAAAUUCUGGUGUCAGCCGUGGAUGUUUUUAACUUUUUGUAGUGUUGUGUCGACCAAGUACGGUAAAUAAAUCAAGGAUUCGUUAUUAUAAAUCGGCUUUUACGCUUGGCUUGUUUGUCGAGUGUCAGUCACAGUGAGUCAGUGAGAACACCGAAAUGAAUGGUGGAAAUCAUGGCGACUGCUACUGCUAGGCCUAGAUCAAGGAGGUGUACUGCUACGGCUAAUAAUUGUCCGUUAACAGAGACAGGGAAAAGUAUACAAAAGUGCCUUUCCUCUAACUGCUGGUGGAAAAAAGUUUAACUUUAGACCCAGUGACAGUGAGCCAGUCAUGUUCUUCAUGUGUCUUAUAAGAUUGAUAAAGCGGACCAGAUUUUGUAAGACGCUGAAAAUCUGCACCGCCUCGUCGUACGUCUUCAUCGUCGGCGGACCUUCCUCUUCAUCGUCGCUGUGCUAGUCAUCACGUCGACGCCCCAGUCAUCAUCGCACAGUGCUCCACUCAGCACGCUUCUCGCGCACAGAACACACGACACACACACACGAGACUGAACCCCGCGCGAGGGCACACAGUAUCACGCCUAUGCUGCUCACUCCUCGUUUGGAGCUGUAGAUGGACUCACCCUCUUCAUCUUUACACCUCACGCGCAACGUUUGCUGGAUCAAUAAGUGAGACCGGCCCACGGGAAGGGGUGGGAAGCUCAGAUCGGACGACCCGUGAGCGAGCGGCUGCGAUAUUCGGGAUUUUGUUUUCUCCCCCCUUUUUCUUUUUGGACGGUGUGUAGCGGGGAUAUUUUUUUCGCCCCUUCAGUCGCCGCCACAGGCGCUUGCGCAAGCAGGCGUGAGGUAGAGAUAGACAGAGAAAGAAGAGAGAGACAGAGGGAGAGAGAGAGAGAGAGAGAAAAGAGAUAUUCCGUGUUCGAGGUACGGUGGACAUAACAACACUGGACAACAUCGGACUGGACCGGAGCGGGCUGGGGCGGGCGGGGAUGUCCCUGCUUCCUCCCCUCUACCUCCGUGGAUGAGUGCGCAGGAGGGGAGAGAGAGACAAGAGCAUGGAGGCUGGAUACGCUACAACUGCACCAACCAUUGACCCUCUAGCAUCUCCUCCUCCUCCUCCUCUUCCUCAUCCUCGCCCUUCCUUAUCAACGACACCGCCUACGCCGUCAUCGUUAUUGUUAUCAUCACCGUCGUCAGUGCUUCCAAGGGCUGCGUUCACCACGUCGUCCCCUACCUCGCUGUCCUCCUCUGCUGCUUCCAACAACGUACCAACAAACACUCCCUCCUCCUCCUUCCCCUCCUCCUUCCCCUCCUCCUCUACCCUCACUCCUUCCCCAACAGCGAUAAUGCCACCCUCGUCGUCGACAUGCUCCGUCCCAACGGCGGACACAUUAUCAUCAUCAUCACCAUUAUCCUCCUCCUCCCCCUCCUCGUCCUUACCAUGCCCACCCCAGUGGCAGGUCAGUAUCCGGACGCCACGGGUGUCCGACACUUUGACGUCAUCUCACCCCGAGAGCCGCGCGCUCUUACCCUGUGUCUCCUGGGACGUCAUACUGUCCAUCUACCGGGAGCUGGUCACUCUCAUCAACAGGCUGCCCUUCAAGCAGAAGCUGGUCGUUUGCCUGGUGUUCCGCGGGAGUAAGGUCCGGCUCGACCUGGGGGAAGUGCGAGCGGCUGGAGUGGCAUGUCUGAUUGGUCUGGGUUUGAGCCUGGGCACCUUGCUGCUGUACCGGCUCUACUUCCGCAUUGUCGUGCCCUUCUUGAGCAGUGUGUGGAGAGACAGAGGACAGGGCCUGCUGGAUGAUGAGUACACUCUCUAUUUGGAACCCUCAGACAGUGAGGUGGAUGACAAGAUGGGUAACUCACACAGCAAGAAGUCCACGCCCUCCGUCUACUAUGCACCAGGCUAUGGUGUGACCUUGGGCUCCAGGCCACCUUCCCUCGACCUAGACAAUGAUGUUGACCUCCGUGAGGAAGGAAUCCGGCUGCGUCCGCACCUGGCCCGCCCCCGAUACAAGUCCCCCUCCCCGGCAUCGGACAGAGACUCUGCCAUCGGCGGGGUCACAGGCUCAGAGAUGUCGCAGAGCCAGUACAGCGAGGUCAGUGCCAACAGAGAUUCCUUCUACUCCUCCUGUACGGCAGAGAGCGGUUUUGACGACUUGAUGGCCUGUUUUGAAGACGUACGUGCCCAGCGAAAGUGGAGUAACUCCGCCAAGGAAAACUUCCCCCCGGGCUCGUUGAGAGAGCGGAAUUUGAACCUGCUGUACCGUGCCCACCACGGCUACGAUCCCGGGCUCAACAACUUGGGUCGAAGCGUCAAGCCGGGGCUGGACACGCUGUCUGACGUGAGCAGCGAGCGCAGCGGGAUUGUGUCGAGCCGCAGUCAGCACAGCAGUUGUGCCGGGGACAGCCAGAGGUCGGGACGAGUGACCCGGACCAACGUUGACCCCCUGGAGGACCGCUUUGCCCUGCAGCGACACCCAAGCUCAGACGCAGGAACCACGUCGGGUCAAAGCUUGAGUGGCAGACAGGACAUGGGUGUUUGUGGAGGGUCAGCCUUCACUGGCGAUGGUGUUGUUGGAAUGUCGGAGCCUGCGUCCACCCCGCAUCUCUUGUCCGCUCAGUCGUCUCCUUACGGGCGUCGCGUCCAUCCUUGUAGCAGGGGUCGCGGUCACUCACCUGCCACGGGCCAGCAACAUUUCUCCCCCAUCAGACGACCAGAUGGCUCAUGUCUGGACCAGCAGCUAGACUACGACCCGUCGCUGGACGCGUCUGAGUCUAUACGAAGCUUCAACUCUAGUGGAGACGGCAUUGACUGGGAUGUGGAGCUGGAAGAUUCCGGAGAGCGAAUGUCCACUCUGCCCGAGUUCCAGCAGUCUCUGUCUGAUGUUCAAUUUCAGCAGUCCCUCAUGCAGAGGAUCCAUGAAUGGUCGACGUUUGCCGAGGAGUACAACAAAUCGAGGUCACCUACCCCCCACUGCUCCCCCAUACGCUUUGUGCGGAGAAGUCGAAGUCUCGACAGGCAUCUCGGAGAUUCCUCUGCAGUUUUAGUUUCCGACCACGAUAUCGCGGGCUCCAAACCCACCGAGAUGGAGCCCACGACAGAGAAAAACUUGGAGUGUUUGGAGUACGAACUGCAGGACAUUCAGGGGGAGUUUGAGUCCAUUACCUCCAAACUCCACGAACUUAUAGAGCAAGGAAAUGCCAAAAAGGCCUCACCAAAGUCUUCCCAAGCCCCCGCUACACACACUCAAAGUGAUGCACACUGUGCUGCCUCUGGCAGUCCCGCGGCCCCACACAGCACGCCCCGCCCCUCACACACUUGGCCCCGCCCACAACACAGCGCGGGCCGCCCAACCAUUAACUCCACCCCCCAUAUUCGCAAGAUGCGGACUAGAUGGGAGCGAGUCCCAAGCUCUGGGUGUUCAGAUUCAUCCCGCAGCUCCCGUGCUAGCAGUGUGGAGUAUGCCUGGGAUCUGGCGGACUACGCUAACAACUCCACCGUCUCCACAACUGGGGACCAGUCUCACCUCGAACCACAGGUAGAGGCGCAGAGUUCCUGGCAACACGGUCCUGAGGUGACCAACAUUGGUCUUCCAGUUGUGAUUUCCGAUUACUCAGAGGGGGAGUGGAAGGGCAGCACAGACAGAGCCAAAGUCAUCCGAGAGGGUUACAGCAAAAUCCCCUCCUUGCUGUCAUGCCACCGUAUGAGCGUGGUGAGGGGAGACAACUACUGCGGCCUGCGGUCGACACUGUUCCAGGUCUUGGUCAGCGGCCAUCGAGUGACCAACCACUGGACGGGCAUCAUCCCGGUCAUGGACAGUCUCCAUGACAUGUACCAGAGCGAUAGCAACUGCCUGGCCCACUGGACGUUUGCCAACCGGCUGCCCGGGCACUGUGCAGACCGCCUCUCCUCACUCUCCAAGUGUGCCCUGUCUCUCUACGCCACGAUCGAGGAGGUGUGCAAUCUGAGCUCCUGGGAAGAGAGGGAGAAACGAACCCUGGGCCUCUUCAACUCGAGCUCGACCUUUGACCUGGAGCUGAUGGAGGGCCUGAAGCUGAUGAUGUUUCUGAAGCUGGUGGAGAUGAAGAAGCUGCUGGACAUUGGGGAGGACGUUCCAGUGUUCGGACAUCUGCUCUUUGCCCGCGACUCCUCGGAGACCGUGGAGGCGUUUUUGAAGAAUCAUCUCAACCGUGUGGGCGACACAGGAGGCCUUGAGCAGGUGGAGAUGUGCCUUCUUGGUUACUGUCUUGGAGUUCGAAUCCGCGUUCUGCGUCUGUCCCAGUGUGGACAACAGGACUUUGACUGUGUGUUCCCGGAGGACGUCCCUUCAGACUGGCCCGAGGUCCAGUUGAUAGCGGAGGAUGACCGCCACUACAACGUACCCUUGCCUUAAGUUUUGUCACCGCUUCUACUGUUGGAAGCUGUCGUCAGUGUGUUUGAUGGCCACAGAGUGCAAGCAGGGACUGUAGUGUUGUCCCAUAUGUCUGUUUGGUUCUCCCCCCAUCUUGUAUAGUUGUAGAGCACGUAACCGUAUACCUACAAUAGCCCUGCCUUGUUUCUACUGCUGCCCCCACA